AUGUCCCUUGACGCCGGAGUGAAGGAGCAGGUUAGUGCGGGGAAGAAGGAGGCAAGGAGCGCUGAGCGCCUCUGUGUAGCUGCGCCUGCAAAGCAUAUGAACUAUGAAGGGGAAGGGGAACUGGGGAAUCACCGUCCGUUCACUCCGUUGACGCUUCCUUGCUCCGUCGUCGGCAUGGCGCUGGGUCGGAUGUGGCGACUUCCUGGCGCUUGGAUUUGGAGGGAUGCGAUGCGAGACGAGGACUAUACCUUUGAUAAAAUCCUAGCACUGUUGAAGGAACUUCAACUUGCUUGUGACCAUCCUUGUCUUGUGAAAAGUCGAAUUGAUUAUGAACAAUGUUCUACAAUAUUCGAGAGAAGUUAUGUCUCCUCGAAGAUGAAAGCAAUCAUCGAUAUACUUAACUCAAUUGUGAACAAGCACGCCUUUACUGAGAGCGAUAGUAAUAUUGAAUCAAGUACAAUUGAAUCAGCUCCUGAGAAGGUUUUAGUAUUCUCCCAGUUCACCACGAUACUGGACUUGCUGCAGCCUUUAUUGAACUGCAAUGGUAUACAAUUCAGGAGGCUUGAUGGGAAGAUGAAUCGGAAAGCCAGAGACGAAGCAGUGAAAGACUUUAACAGAAACCCAGAGGUGACAGUAUUGCUUGUGUCUCUGAAAGCCGCAGGUGUUGGCCUCAACCUGUUUGCUGCUUCACAUGUCAUCAUCACUGAUCCUUGGUGGAACCCUUUUAUGGAGGAUCAAGCAAUUGGCAGAGCUCAUAGAAUUGGUCAAACCCGUCCGGAUCUAAAAGAGUAA